AUGCGCGAGCUGCAUGACUCCGUCGACCAAGACGCCAAGCGCUUGACCAACGACAAGCAUAAGCACCUAGUCCGCCCAUGCCUAGGAUCCAAGCGGCAGGCCUCGUUUACCCUCGCCAAAGCUAUCUUGUUCGACGGUGAACCAUCCACAAGCAUGAAAAGCCAGUGGAAAGGUGGCAACGAGGCCGCUAUCAACCCAACAAAAUACCUGCCAACUCACCGUUCCGUGCUUCAAAGGCUCCGUUGUCGAUCGAGGAUCGACAUGAACAACGGUGGGUCGGACAACGAUGUGUCAUGCAGCGUAUCUGCAUCUGCGUCACCCGCUGCGGCGCCGCGAUCUGGGGAUUCAGCGGUGGCCAACAAUCGUCGUGAAACCCACCACGAAGUGUUUGGUGAUGGAAAUUUGAACAUGGUGAUGCUCGUGGUUAUCCUGGUGCACUUGAUGCAAUAUAUGAUGCGGGCUCCUUGUACCUGUUAAUCACUAAAAGCACUUUCGGUCGAUGAUA